GGCGUGUCCCCGCGGUCGGCCGUGCCGUGGGGGGGCCAUGGCGUGGUCCCGGUACCAGCUGGGCCUGGCCGCGCUCAUGCUCCUCACCGGCUCCAUCAACACCCUGGCGGCCAAGUGGGCCGACAACUUCAGCGCUCCCGGCUGCGAUGGGAAAGAGGAGCACAAAUUCCAGCACCCCUUCCUGCAGGCCGCCGGGAUGUUCCUGGGGGAAUUCUCCUGCCUCCCGGUGUUCUACCUGCUGCGCCUGCGGGAUCGGCGCCGCGCGCAUCGGGAUCAGGAUCGGGAUCAGGAUCGGGAUCGGGAUCCAGCCCCGGCCCCAUCCCGACCCUUCAACGCCCUGCUGUUCCUGCCCCCCGCCCUGUGCGACAUGGCCGGCACCAGCAUCAUGUACGUGGCUUUGAACAUGACCAGCGCCUCCAGCUUCCAGAUGCUCCGGGGCUCCCUCAUCAUCUUCACGGGGCUGCUCUCGGUGGCGUUCCUGGGCCGGCGGCUGGAGUGGAGCCACUGGGCGGGAAUCCUGCUCACCAUCCUGGGGCUGGCGCUGGUGGGGCUGGCGGAUCUGCGCGGGAACCCCGGCGGCACCGGGCACGGGCUGGCCGACGUCAUCACCGGUGACCUCCUGAUCCUGCUGGCCCAGGCCAUCGUGUCCAUCCAGAUGGUGCUGGAGGAGAAAUUCAUCUUCAGCCACGACGUGCACCCGCUGCGCGCCGUGGGCACCGAAGGUCUUUUCGGCUUCUCCAUCCUGGCGCUGCUGCUGGUGCCGCUGUCCUUCAUCCCGGCGGGGCGGCUCUCGGGGAACCCCCGCGGGGUCCUGGAGGAUCCCGCGGACGCCUGGUGCCAGAUCCGCCGGGAGCCCCUGAUCCUGGCGGCGCUGCUGGGCAACAUCGGGAGCAUCUCCUUCUUCAACUUCGCGGGGAUCAGCGUGACGCGGGAGCUGAGCGCGACCACGCGCACGGUGCUGGACAGCCUGCGCACGCUGCUGGUCUGGGCGCUCAGCCUGGCGCUGCGCUGGGAGCGCUUCCACGCCCUCCAGAUCCCGGGAUUCGCCCUGCUCCUGGCCGGGGCCGCGCUCUACAACGGCCUGCACCGCGCGCUGCGGGGCGCCCGGAAUACCGGGAAUGCCGGGAGCGACCCACAGGAGAGGGAAGCGCUGCUGGGAGGGGAUGGAGACGGCGGCAACAUCCAGGGAUGAGCGGGUGUUCCUUGGGAUUGGCGUCCCGGGGAUUGGGAUUGGGAAUUGGCCCUGCAGGGAAUGUCGGCUGUGCCGGCUUUUCCCGGUGGGAUAUGGAACCAGAGUUGGCUCUCCUGGAGCCUCUGCCCCAUUUGUAGGGAUCGGGGUGGGAGUAGGACUGGAUUGGGAUUGGAAUUGGGAUUUGGAUUGGGAUUGGGAAUGGGAAUGGGAUUUGGAUUGGGAUUGGGAAUUGUCCCUGCGGGGAAUGUCAGCCAGGGGUGAAGAGGCUGUGCCGGC